GGAAAUCUGAUCCGGCGGAGGACAGUGGCAGCCAAUGGGAAGCGGGGCGCCGGCUGUUUCUGAAGGGAGGCCCCUGGAGCAGCAGGCAGCGAGUGUGUGUUUACUUGAGCGCGGAGGAGAGACACGAGAGCGCUUUUCUCAUACAGUCCGGCGACACAUCCAUGAAUGCAUGCGGUGCAUUUACUGGGGGUGAUCGGACGGCGCGCGCAGAGUCCUACCGCUGCAGAAUCAUGGACGGACUUCACGACCAACAAGUGCCUUUCAUAAAAGCUCAUAAUCCUCGGGGAAAGACGUCCAACACGAGACCAGCGAAGGACAGGAAAAGAAAAUUCAUUAACUCUGCCCUGGCGUUGGACACCGAGGAGCUGUUUCAAGAUCUCAGCCAACUUCAGGAGACCUGGCUCGCAGAAGGAGCUAAGGCAGACGAGCCACCAACACUGCCACCUCUCUCUCUCUCGAACACGCGCGCACACCUUCUCUCCCUCACUCGUUUGCUUUUUCUUACCCCUCUGUUUCGCGUCUGAUACUUCUCAGAUAGUGUUUUAAGUUCUUUUUUCUUUAUUUUUUCAACUCUUUUUGUUAAAGAAAUGGAUUGACGGUAGAUCGCUUCCUGAGCUUCAGCUUUUACCGCUUCAUUUUUUUCCCCCAACUUUUUUUUUUUUUGGUUUCUUUUGGCAAUUUUUUUCUUUCUCAUGGCAAGACAUGCUGGUUGUGGUUUAACACAAACGUGAUGCUUCAGGAGUUAAGCGCGAGUGUCUUCUUCCCACCUUGCUUGCAGCACCGACCUUUAGCUCAAGUUCCUGACAAUGAUGAGCAGUUUGUUCCAGACUUUCAGAGUGAAAACUUGGCGUUUCACGGGCUGCAGUUGAGGAUAAAGAGAGAGCCCCACAGUCCGUGUACUGAUCUGGGCUCAGCCUGCAGUCAGGAGAGGCCCUUCAGACUCCACUAUGGGGAGAAGUGCCUGUAUAACAUCAGUGCCUACGAGCAGAAGCAUCCCUCGGGAAUGAAGGCCUCCAGCCCAGUGUCUACCCCCUGCAGCACGCCCGUGUCCCCUGGCCAGCAUGUGUCUCCCACUGCCGCCCCCACCCCGAAACCAGACAGGACGUACCCUCACCUCGCACCCCCACAGCCCCUCCCUGACAGCGCUUACCCCAUGGACCACAGUGUUUUGUUCAGAUUUCGGCGGCAGUUGUCGGAGCCGUGUCAUUCGUUCCCAUCUCCUUCAAUGUCGCGGGACGGACGACCCAUGUAUCACAGGCAGAUGUCGGAACCCAGCAUCCCCUUCCCUCCUCAGGGGUUCAAGCAGGAGUACGCCGACCCCCUCUUCGAGCAUCCUGCCAUGGUGGGGGCGCCUCUUCCCCAGACGUACCCACACUCCAUGAUGAUCAAACAAGAGCCCCGCGACUUCACCUACGACUCAGAAGUGCCUAGCUGUCACUCUGUAUAUCUUAGACAAGAGGGAUAUCUGGCGCACAGUAACAGAACAGAGGGCUGUAUGUUUGACAAAGUUGCAAGGCACUUCUAUGACGACACUUGCGUGGUGCCGGAGAAGGUGGAGGGCGACAUAAAGCAGGAGGCGGGGCUGUACCGAGAAGGCCCGACCUAUCAGAGACGGGGUUCGCUGCAGCUCUGGCAGUUUUUGGUCGCCCUACUGGAUGACCCCUCAAACUCACACUUCAUUGCAUGGACGGGCCGGGGCAUGGAGUUUAAACUCAUUGAGCCUGAGGAGGUGGCACGACGCUGGGGAAUUCAAAAGAAUCGACCCGCAAUGAACUACGACAAACUGAGCAGAUCGUUGCGCUACUAUUAUGAAAAAGGCAUCAUGCAAAAGGUGGCAGGUGAAAGAUACGUGUAUAAGUUUGUCUGCGACCCCGAGGCUUUGUUCUCCAUGGCUUUCCCUGACAAUCAGCGCCCGGUGCUAAAGACCGACCUGGAGCGGCAGAUCAACGAGGAAGACACCGUGCCGUUGUCACACUUCGAUGAGAACAUGGCGUACCUUCAAGAGGGCGGCUACUGCAACCCACACCCGUACAAUGAGGGAUACGUCUACUGAAAACUGCUACAAGAACAGUCCGGCCGUUUCAAAACAAAACAAAAACUUUCAGACUGUCCCUCAUUUCCUUCAGUCAUUCCCCAGGACAAAAGAGAGCACUUUAUGGACAGAGGAUGAUGGCAGUGUGUAAACCUACAAACUUACUGGUGUAGUUACGUUAGAUGCUCCUUUGGUGUUUUUUGUUGCUAUUGAAGGGGAUGGGGUGUUUCAGCAUGCCGUUUUCUCACAGCGAAAGACUCUUGAGGGCAGAUGGCCUCUCUCCGGACAGAUGUUUUGAACUAUUUAGACAGGUUAGAGUCUGGAGCACGUGAGUGGAAAAAAUCCCAAACUCUUUUACCAUUGAAACUCUUGGAUUGUUUGUGGAGCGCUUUGUUAUUUUCGCACAUUUUCACCACAUUUGUUUUCUCUCCCUUGGUGUUAAACUGAGUAAAUAAUACAGUGUAUUACUAUGAAAAUAAAAUCCUUCAAACUCUCCAUGUCAAAGUAAAAUGAGCACAUAUCUGAAAUGACCCUUAUACAUCCUUUCUCGCCCAUCCAGGACCCAUAAAAUGAUUGAACAUUAGCACAGUUACAACAAAUGACAGAUAUUAUACUAAUAUUCAAGUUAAAUCCGUAUAUAUAUUCUCAUAUGAAUAUAAUGUCUUAGAGGAGGGAAGAUGCAGGUAAUUUUCUCAAUAAACAAAAUUGAUUUUUAUCUUAAUGAAUUAAAGACAAAAAAAAAAAAAAGCCAUGUCAGCAUGAUUUCAUAAUACUUCAUGGUGUUUUAAAUACUACUUUUUUUCUCAAGAUCUGUUUAAAUAACCAUCUGUAUAUUUCAGUAUUUGACACCAUAUUUCACUGAAUAUGACUUUUUGGUCAAAAGCGCCUAUAGAUAUCGAAUAGUUAUCUUCAGAGAGGUUUUGUGCAAGAUGCAAGCUUCACACGUGUCUGACAUCAUUCUAUUAAAGUUACAUUUCUACUAUUAGAGUGACAAAUUGCUUUUUUAUUAGGAAAAAAAAUGGAUGUUGGUCCAUUACUCGCUCCACCAUGACAUCUUUGAAAAUAUUAAACAUGUAUAUUCAGGUUAAUGCACCUCAAUGCUGCUUUUCGUGUAAAUUUAGUCACGUAUGAUCAGAUGGCAGCUAUGCCCUGCAGUACGUUCAUUUUUUUUUCUUCAUUCUUUUUUACAUUUGAAAAAAAAAAAAAAAAACGUCAGUGUUUAUUGAAUGUAAAAAAUAUAUACAUAAUUGCGAAGGGAAUGGCAAUAGCUACACUUCUGUAAUAAAAUAGUGUUGAAAUACAA